GGACUGCAGAGCUCCCAGCCCAGUGAAAGCAGCCAAGGGAGGAGGCGGGGCUCUAGCGAGUUCCCCUUCCACGUUCCCCCACCCAUCUCUUCCAACCUCUGUUCGGCUGCUAGCUCAACUCCAGCCUUCGCUGCAGCUGCUCUCCAGCCAUUUGCAGGACCCAAACCACCGCAGCCUCUGUUCCCAGGAUGGUGAUCCGUGUGUAUAUUGCAUCUUCCUCUGGCUCUACGGCGAUUAAGAAGAAACAGCAGGAUGUGCUUGGUUUUUUAGAAGCUAACAAAAUAGGAUUUGAAGAAAAAGAUAUUGCUGCCAAUGAAGAAAAUCGGAAGUGGAUGAGAGAAAAUGUACCUGAAAACAGCCGACCAGCCACAGGCUACCCCCUGCCUCCUCAGAUUUUCAAUGAAAGCCAGUACCGUGGGGACUAUGAUGCCUUCUUUGAAGCCAGAGAAAAUAAUGCAGUGUAUGCCUUUUUAGGCUUGACAGCCCCGCCUGGCUCAAAGGAAGCAGAAGCUCAGGCAAAGCAGCAAGCAUGAACCUUAAACAUUGUGCCUUAAGCAUCCCGGAAAAGGAGACUCCAUUGUUUUUUUAUAAAAUAGCAGAAUUCUCUUGGCUUCAAAAGAAAUAGGCUUAGUGUUGAAAUAAUAGAUUAGUUGGUGUUUUCGCAUGCAAACAAUCAAAAUGAAUACAUAAUUAAAUGUGAAUGUUAUGAUGAGGAGAAUGCCAGAUGAACGUAAAAUUUUAAGUAGCUGUCAUGGAAUAGUUUUGUUAUCUGCCAAGGCAUUUUAUAUACUUCAGUGAUUUUAAAAAGCAAACACUUGUGUACUUUGUUGGUAUUAUUAUUGCAGCUUAAGUAUAUCUGUAGCUCUACAGUGAGGAAUUUAGAAAGGAGAGAGAGAAAGAAUCUGUCUUUGGUUUCCAAAUUGCCUCAUUAAUUUUAGUGAACAAAAACAUGUACCUUUUUGAUGUGACGUUAUUGUGACUAAAAUGUAGUUGCGGCUAAUGUUUAUGAUAUGGCAGACAUUGUAAUUUCCUAUAGUAAUUAUAACAUUCCCAUUCUUUUGUAGUUGAAACUUCUGUGUACUGAAGCACAGGUUUUCUAGGCUUCUAAAUGUAGCCUUUCACUGUAUAUUUCAGUGAUCAGAACAGAUGACCUCCCCCACACACACACAAAAGAUGCAUUCAGUUGACAAGUUUCUUGCUUAAUUACACAGCUAUGAUGCAAUCAUGUCUCGAAGUUGCUUGGCCCAGGGUGCUUAUGUAUGUUAUAGAAGUAGGAUGGUAAGUACGUUUAAAGUGGCACCCUUUUGUAAAGAGCUCAGACUUUUAAGUAACUGUUAUAAAAUAGGUCUGCAUCCAUUGUCCAAGACUAUUUUUGGGGGGGUAUUUGCUAAAAAUAUCUUAGUGGUUUCCCCCUUUUAAAGCAAAUUGUAAUCCCAAAUGCCACUCUCUCUCAGAUACUUGAUCUUUUUAUUUCACCAUGGCCAUAUAUUGUAUGAAUACAUUAAUCUAAGUAUCCAGAAUAUUUUGUAUGCCUUUAUUCCAGCAAAUAGCACAAAUAUCAGGUAAAAAUUCAUUUUUUAAAAAUGUUAAUUCUAAAAACUUCUAAGAAGACAAGAAACAUCAUGGCCUUAAUCACUGACCCAUAAGAUAUGCAUAUUGUACUUUAGUUCCACUACUUUAUUAAUAAACCACCUUUUUAAAUUACAUUAUCACAUUAUUUGAUGUUUUUGAGUCUGUACUCUUUGGUAAAAUCGGCACAUAAUGAAGACAUGAUUUUGUUUACUGAGAUUCAAACUCGAUGUGAUGCUUUAAAAUAAACUCAGUACUUUUAGAAAUAUAAUUUAUGCAUUCCUGGAGUUUCUAAAUAGUUUAACAGCAAUUUUAGAUGAGUAAUGCAUGUUUUUUUCAGAGAGUGGGGAAGAAUAAAGGAGACGAUAACAAAGAAAACAAUUUAAAUGCAAUUUCUAAAUUUUCUGUUUAAGGUCCUGAAUUUUGCAAUAUACACUGAAGUCAAAGAAAUGUUCCAUUGUUUUCUGUACAAAAAUAUGCUCUGGAGAACUCUAGAGAAUACAGGGUGCUUUGUAAUAGAUUCUGGAAAAUGUGUAAAAAAUGGGUCAAUAUUUUUUCCCGAGCUUUAUUAAAUGCUGAUGA